AUGCGCGUAACGACUGGCACAGCAUUUUAAACUUCUACUGGAGACUUGUCAAAGGACGGAGUAAGGCUGUGGCUGCACGCUCUUGGAGAGGUUAGAAAGCACAAGUUUUAAUGUAAGCAGGCGAGUUUUAGCGUUAGAUUAGUUUUUAUUCGUGUUUGAAUGCGAUUUAAUGUUUUUUGAUUGGCGUUUAUGAGGACUUCGGACUUUGGCUUUUACGCGUUGCUUGGUAAGGGCCUGCGUCAGACUAAACGUACAUUUAUCACGUAAUCUACGAUAAGAUAGGGUUUUAAAGUUUUGAAUUAAAAUAAGGAAGGAGAAAAGGGUAGUUUUAAGAUGAGCGCAGGCGUCGCGAAGCCCAGUUCAGCAGCCGCAAAUGGCGACCCCAAAUCGGCUCCGCUCAAAGAGAUCCCCGACAUCCUGGUCGACUCCCGCACCAUGCGCCGUUACUCCAGAGGCCGGUUCCUGGGCAAGGGAGGCUUCGCCAAGUGCUUCGAGAUCACGGACCUCGAGAGCAAGCAGGUGUUCGCCGGUAAGAUCGUGCCCAAAGCUCUGAUCCUGAAGCAGCACCAGCGGGAGAAGAUGAGCUCUGAGAUCGCCAUCCACAAGAGCCUGAACCAUCCGAAUGUGGUGGGCUUCCAUGGGUUCUUCGAGGAUGACGACUUUGUGUUCGUGGUGCUGGAGCUGUGCAGGAGACGGUCCCUGCUGGAGCUACACAAACGCCGUAAGGCUGUGACCGAGCCAGAAGCACGUUACUUGAUGAUGCAGCUGCUGAAGGGGGUCCAGUACCUCCACAACAACCGCAUCAUCCACAGAGACCUGAAGCUCGGCAACAUCUUCCUCAACGAUGACAUGGACCUCAAGAUCGGGGACUUUGGACUGGCCACAAAGAUCGAGUUUGAUGGUGAGAGAAAGAAGACUCUGUGUGGGACACCCAACUACAUCGCCCCCGAGGUGCUGUGCAAGAAGGGUCACAGCUAUGAGGUGGAUGUGUGGUCGCUCGGCUGCAUACUAUACACGCUGCUGGUGGGUAAGCCUCCAUUUGAGACGUCCUGCUUGAAGGAGACCUACAGCCGCAUCAAGAAGAAUAACUACACCAUCCCCUGGCACAUUAACCCCUCAGCCUCGUCCCUGAUCAAACGCAUGCUGCACGCAGACCCCUCCCAGAGGCCCACCGUCACAGAGCUGCUCACGGAUGACUUCAUGGUGUCCGGGUACGUGCCUCAGCGCCUGCCCACCACCUGUCUCACUGUGCCCCCCCGCUUCUCCAUCGCCCCCUCUACUGCGCCCGAGAUGCAGAGCCAGAGACGGCCACUCACUGCCAUCAACAAUAAGGCAGGGAUGGAGAAUGUAGAGGUGAAGGAGGAACAGCCCCAAAAAGAGCCAGAUCAGGACUCACACCUGAGGGACCUGCUGAAGCAGAUAAUCAGCCUCAUAUCUGUCAACCCUUCAGAGAGGGUCAAUGUCCGACAAGAGGAGGCUGAGGACCCUGCCUGCAUCCCCAUUUUCUGGAUCAGCAAAUGGGUGGACUACUCUGAUAAAUAUGGUCUUGGGUACCAGCUCUGUGACAACAGUGUGGGUGUGUUGUUUAAUGACUACACUCGUCUGAUCAUGUAUGCUGAUGGAGACAGUCUGCAGUACAUCGACAAAACCGCGGCCGAGUCCUACCUCAGCGUGCGCUCCUACCCCCAGACUUUAAACAAAAAGAUAACACUACUAAAAUACUUCAGGAACUACAUGAGCGAACAUCUUUUGAAGACUGGAGCCAACAUGGCAAGGCGGGAAGGCGAUGAGUUGGCCAGGAUGCCCUACCUGUCUCUGUGGUUCAGAACAAAGAGCGCCAUAGUCCUGCACCUUACUAAUGGCACUGUACAGAUCAACUUCUUCCAGGACCACACCAAGAUGAUCCUGUGUCCUCUGAUGGGUGCUGUCACGUACAUCAACGAGAAGAAGGACUUCCGCACUUACAAGAUGUCUCUUUUGGAGGAGUACGGCUGCACCAAGGAGCUAGCCAGCCGCAUUCGCUACGCCAAGCUAAUGGUGGAGAAGCUAAUCGACAGCAAACCCUCAGCCGCAGCACAGUAGACCACUCAUCAGUCUUAACCCACAGAGCUCCCACCUGUACAGUUUAGAAUCGGGACGCCCUGUUUUUAUAUUGUUGAAGUUAUUUUCUAUAUUUAAAUUUGUGCUGGUGCCUGCUUGUGUUCGGCUGUGUUUUUGACAGCACAUGUUCACAUUGAGUUAGCGCUAAAUGACUUUUUGGCAAAUGUGUGAUGGAAUGUUUCUCACAUUUUUGUGUCUGUCUGUAGAAAUUUUACUGUCUUUUAUCAUGUCCAUUCUCUCUUUGGUAGCUUUCCAUGUUUUCAGUGUCUUCUCAACACUGUACAGCUGUGUACACACUUUUGGAUAUACACCCACAUUUAAAGACCUCCACCAAAAAUAAAGAAUAAAGAUUGUUUCUACCAGA